AUGGCCGCAGCUUCAUCGUGCGCCGUCGACGUCCUGUUCAUGAUAUUCUACUACCUCGACAAUCGGGUCGACCAAUUUCGCGCCAUGCACGUGUGCCAGUCUUGGAGAGGCAUUGGCCAAAUGUUUCUCGGCCAGUCCGCUAGUGACGGUCUCGAGGUCCUCCGGUUUGUGGCGCCACUACGCUUUUCCGAAGACAGUAAACAAUACCGGCUCAAAGAAGAAAGACGUGUCUUUUCCCCAUGGCCCGUCGUUCGCGGUUACGCUGAAAGCGUUCGAAACGUGACAUUGGACGCGGACGACGUGCACGUCGAAGUCGCCGAGUUUAUUCAGGGUAUCGUUCCUGCCCAGUGCCGGUUUCUUCCCAAGCUACAGAAGCUCGCCUUGCGCUUCAGAUACUCCCCAGGACCAGAGGUUCUUGCACUCUCGCGAAUACUCGCUCACGAGGGCGUUCGGGAGCUGAGGAUUUACGGAGUCGACCCAUUGGUGCACAAGUCUGACCCGAAACCAUUCACGGCCGUUUUGGAAACUCUGUUCGCGCUCGCACCCAACAUUCGCACGUUGAAACUGGGAGCAAAUGCUUCGCCCACCGCCGAUCAAAACGAUUGCUUGGACAUAACCGUCAGCAACGUUAUACCGUGCCUCAAGCAACUUGAGGACAUGGAGAUGUCGCCGUGCUUCUUUGCCCCACGCACUCUCCAUGAAUUAUACAAUCUCCGUGGUCUGAAGAGCAUACGCGCAUUAACACCUCGUCAUGUCGACUGGAGCUGUGCCGGCCGCGCGGCCGCCAUCAAGCCCGCUUCUUAUUAUCACGACCAUUUCGAAAGCUAUCUUCCGGAACAUUACGGGGACGCUUUGCAAGGACUCACGGUUAUCUCUCCAAUUGACAAGACCAACGAACAUUUUGGCGUGCGUUACGAUCGUUUCCGUAAUAUCAGCUCCCUACACAUUUGUGUGUGUGGGGAAGAGCUUCCCACAUCUGGAUGGUCACGAUCAAGGUUUAUUCCUGGAGUCGAAGCGCCAAAGGUAGAAAAGUUGCUAGUCAACGUCAUCAGUACCUGCCCGCGGCUUGACGAUCUUCGCGUGAGCUUGGAGAGCCCUCAAUGCGACCACAUCGAUGAUAGGGGCCGACACUCGUCUCCCUUGGAGUUUUCACAUCUUCUCCCUCUCAAGAACGCCAGGCGAUUACGCUCUCUCAUUAUAGAAGGCGCCGAAGUGAACGUCAGCCAUCAAGAUUUACUGUCCCUCGUCGCGCCUUUGAGUAUGCUGCAGUGUCUUGUCUUGGAUAUUCGGCCGCAUUGGAGCUUGGAGGGGGACUCCCAAACCGAAUACGAGCCUCCACUAGGGCUUUUGGGAGAUGGGGACUCCGACAUCAUUCAGCAGAUUGCCACUAUGUGUCCUCAGCUGACCACGUUUGGCUGUUACUUCAAUUUCGGGAGUAUGAGGGCGCCGAGAAGCAAUAGAUGCAUCACAGGCGCUAUACAUACGUUGCUGUUUGGGAACUCGCCCCCACCCUCGUGGCCAAAAGAGGUAUUCGACCUGUGGUGUGGGAAGAACGUGGAUUGGUCGGCUUGCGCGUCUCUUACGGACUGGUGGGGAACCAUACCCCCUCAGGGAGUUCCGGGUGCAUGGAAGUAUUGCAAUCGUCUAGAAACUGCAUGUCUCGCCGCAAAAAUGAGACCAUGGGAGCGUUACAUGCGUCCCGUCUUGGGUAUCCAGUAA